AUGCCCGCAAUCCCAAACGUCUUUCCAGCUGACAUGUUAGCCGCCGCCGCCGCACUUGAGGACGAAGCCGCUGGUGGUACGGUUGUAGAGCUAGGUGGAGCUGGUGCUGGCGCACCAGCUGUUGGGACAGUGGUAUUGCCGUUUGGAGCUGGAGCUGGAGCGCCGCCUGUUGCGAGGGGAAUCUCAAUGGUGGUGGAAGUUGAAGCAGCUGGUGGAGAAGAGAUAGGGGCAAGUACAGAGGUUGAUACCGGUGGUGUGAGUGGUGCGGUAAGACCGAGGAGGGUAGAAGAGGAAACGAGUCCAGCCAUUUUGAGAUUGGAGAUGAUUUGA